AUGAUAGAUCAUGUUUUGGGUCGCCCGUCGGUCAGGUUUCGACGAGUCCAAGUCCUGGCAGUUGUCUCGUUCUGGUCAUUCUACCUCUUCAGAGGACAUAAACAUGGCCCUCCUACGAUACGCAAACUGUCCCGAGGACUCUCGAAUUCCCUCACACCAUGGCAGACGGUGGUCAUAACGAUGCUUUACCUCUACAUUGCACGAAACCUGAGCAAAUUACUCGGCCUCGAAUGUCCCGAACCUCUGGCAAACCUCUACACGCGAUCAUACUUCCGCGCAACAUGGGUGACAACAGCAUUGGAUGCUGGAUUCUGGACAGCGAUGCGGCUGCGCCGGAAGUGGUUGAGGGACCUCUGCAGCAUCGUCUUCACGGCCUACUAUCUCAUUGCUGCUGAACAAGCCGAUGAGAAGGUCAGGAAGGUCAGAGGGAUGGUGACGGUUGAGCAUUUGCGUGUCAGUUGGAAUAAGGGCACGACGCCGUAUCUCGCAUUCCUUACGAAUUUGAUGCGACCUCAAUUCAUGAGAUAUCCUCCCCGCGCGAUCAGAAUCCCGAGACCUCCGAAUAGCGAUUACAAGGAACCUGUCAACGGCUGGCUGUAUUUUGAUGGGCCGCUCUCGGCGCUCAAGAAUCACACAAAGCUGGUGUUGGAUAUUCCUGGAGGCGGAUUCGUGGCGAUGAACCCGAGAACAAACGAUGACAAGCUUUUUGCAUGGGCUGGGAAGACGGGUCUUCCAGUCUUGAGUUUGGAUUACCGAAAGGCUCCCGAGUUCCCCUACCCAUAUGCGCUGAACGAAUGCUUCGAUGUGUACAGUACGAUCAUUGCAAGUCGUGGCAAAUGCGUUGGUAUGUCGGGAGAGGUUGUACCGAAGAUUGUCAUUACGGGUGACAGUGCGGGUGGAAACCUUGCUACCUGUCUUACCCUCAUGGUCAUCGAAGCCGGUUCCACCGAUACACGAAAGUACCUUGGUCAAACCAGUCUUCCGAUUCCAGAUGGUCUUAUCUUGAUGUACCCGGGCUUGGAUAUGAACAUCGGAAACUGGAUGUCUGACGAGCAGAUGUCGUUGAUUAAGGACAGAAGAAUGAGAAAGACCAACAAGGCCAUUCUCCGAAGAAAGAGCAUGCAAUACACCCUGGCAGCAGGCACACCCCAUCAGUCCGAAGAAGAAGAUAAUGGCUCCACGCCAAAAGUCACCUCUCCACCAGCUGUCACGAACCUCCAGCCCGUCCGCCCAACAUCCAUCACCCUCCCUUCCCCGCAAUUCUCUACAGCAGGACCAACCCUGCUCUCCCCAACCACUCCCCGAAAACACCCACCUCCCGAGCACCAAGCCUCGGGCUCGCACCAUCCAGAACCACUGAAGACACGCCUGGCAAUGUCAAGCAUGAUCUCUUACUUCAACGACCGUAUCCUCUCCCCCGAAAUGAUGCGAGCGAUGAUUAUCCUCUACAUAGGCCCACAUAACCGUCCCGACUUCUCGCAAGAUUACCUACUUUCUCCCAUUCUCGCCCCUGACUCUUUACUCUCACAGUUCCCGAAAACCUAUUUCCUCACAGGAGAGCGUGACCCCCUUGUCGACGACACUGUCAUCUUUGCCGGCCGCAUCCGCAGGGCAAAAGCCGCCGCACACGCACAGCAAUCCUCAGAUGUCCGGCUAAGAAAAGAGUUCGACGACCGAGAUGUCGUGGAAGUGGCUCUCAUCCCAGGUAUCUCGCACGGAUUCCUGCAGUUUGUAGGUGUCUUUCCCGAGGGGUGGAAAUACAUCCAUCGCUGCUCCCGCUGGAUCGAACAUAUCUUCGCCGCGUCAGAAGAACGGGAACUCAAUUCCCAGACUACAAUCUCCACGCCUGGACCUUCUGGAUACUUGAGCUCCUCGAGUAGAGGUGGCCAUCAGCAUCAUCAGAGGAGACGAACAGAGAGUUCAGGGGAUGAAGACAUGGGGCUGGAAAUGAGUAUGUCCUCGAGAGGCAAGAGGGAAGAGGAGCGAAAGAGGAAAGAGAAAUUGUUGAAGGAGCAGUUGAGGGAGAAGGGCGAGAGAAGUAAGGACACAAGCAUGCGGAGGCAGAAGAGCAUGGUUAGUUUGGCGAGUGAGGACGAUUUACUCGGACGACGGAUGUUGGGGCUUGUGGGCCCGUUGACGAGGAAUACAGAGGAUGAUGAUUGA